AUGCAAUUGCAAUUGCAAGAUUCGUUCAUCAAGAUUUUGAGACAAUUGGCGCCCACAUGGGUUCUAAGUUCUAACAACAUGUCGUUGGAAAAUUGGGUCAACCAACUCAUUUUGGGAAUUAAGAAUUUUUUCAAAUCAAAAACUAGUAACGGGGAUGAGAAUACAUUGACUUACAGAUUGUCUUUAUUUUUACCGGUUGCAUCCUCUUCUCGACCUCGCAGUCGAUCUGUUGUAGAUUCCGGCUCUGCGUAUUUGCUGAUCAUUGAGCUUUUGUUUCGUGGCAACUACAUAGUAUUAAUCCAAACGACGUUUUUCCUCAUUCAAGAAGCAACGGAUUCAUGA